AUGAAUUUGGAGCCACUGCCCCGCGGAGAAACCAUACACGUCACCGCACCGGCCGCCGCGGCCGCCGCAGCAGCCGCCGCCGCCGCCCUCCACCGUCCCGCGGUCCAGACCAUGCCGCAGCGAUCCCCGUUCGCCAUCCAGGAGCUGCUCGGGCUCGGCAGCAGCUCGGAGUCGACGCGCCCGUCCGGCGUCGUGUCGGCGGUCACGCCGUCGCUCUAUCCCAGCACCGUCGGCCAGGCGUCGUUCGCGGCCGCCGCCGCCGCCGCCGGAUGCGCCGACCCGCACCAGAUGCAGAUGGCCGCGGCCUCGCGGAUGGCGUACUUCAACGCGCACGCCGCCGUUGCCGCCGCCUUCCUGCCGCACAAUAUUGCCAGUGCGGCCGCCGGGGGCGGUUCGCUCCAGCUCCAUUCGGCACAGUCGGCCAACAAUUUCACACACUUAAAGUCAACCUUCGGCGGUGGUGGUGGUGCGUGCCUACCGGGUGGUGGAGUAGACUCCAGCAAAGAUUUUACCAUCGACGGUCUAAACAGCUACGGCAAGAAGAAAAAGAAGAAGCGGAGGCACAGCCGAACCAUUUUCACCAGCUAUCAACUGGACGAGCUAGAAAAGGCCUUCAAGGAGGCACACUACCCGGAUGUGUACGCACGGGAAAUGCUUUCGCUGAAAACGGACCUACCGGAGGACAGAAUACAGGUUUGGUUCCAGAACCGGCGGGCGAAGUGGCGCAAGACUGAAAAGUGCUGGGGCCGCAGCACGAUCAUGGCGGAGUACGGGCUGUACGGGGCGAUGGUGCGGCACUCGCUGCCCCUGCCGGAAACGAUCCUCAAGUCGGCGAAAGAGAACGAAACCGUCGCGCCCUGGCUGCUAGGUAUGCAUCGGCCGUCGAUCGAGUCGGCGACCCGUAGCGAGGCGGAGCCUGGAGGCGGCCGGGAGGGGGAGGAUGAGGAAGAAGCAGGGGGUGGCCACCACCACCAUCACCACCACCACCGACCGGCGCCGGCGCACUACAGUGGCCACCACCACCACACUGACAUUAACUUGUCCGUAUCCGUUUCGUCUUCAGGCAUGCACAAGAAGUCGCUCGAGGCGGCCGAAACGCUCAAAAACUCCGAAGAUAACAGUGACCGUGAAGAGACACGCACGGAGUCGAGCGAAACGAGCGGCGGCUCGGCGGCCGCCCUCCACUGCACCCUUGGCUCGUCGCCCCUCAAAUCGCCCCCGCUCGCGUCAUCGUCCGACGGGUCGCACAGCAACGGCGACCCCGCACGCCUCGCUGGCGGGGGAGGAGGAGGAGCGGGAGAUGGAGGAGGUGGAGGAGGCUGCACGGGGUCAUCGUCUGCGCUGAACGGCAAGCACUCUUCCGGCGGUUCCGGCGGUUCGCGAUCGAUGGCGAAACUGUCACGCUAUGGCCUUUCGUCCCCCUCGGCUGGGCGCCACUCACCGUCCGUGACACCGCCGCCUCCACCCCCGUCCCAUCCGGUUCCGGCGCACCCGCACCAUCCCUCCUCGCUCGCCACCCACCCACUGCUGGGGCACCCGCCGGGCGCGGGCCAGCAGCCGUCGACGGCGGCGAGCACCGGAGCCGGCCUCAAACUGCAGUCCCGGUCACCCACGGUGGGCGUGGGGAGUGCCGGGGCGCACCAUUCACCGGUUGGCCACGGACACGCCGGGCACGGUGGGCAUCACGGGGGCGGCAUACCCCCGGGACAUCCCGACGGUGGAGGAGGCUCAGGAGGGGGCGGCGGAGCUGGGGGUGGUGGCGGUGGCAGUGCGACGGACUUCCUGCUCAACACGAGCCCCCACGCCGGCAGCACCAACAACAACUAUCACCCCGAAAACGACCACGAAGCGUUUAGGUGGGUUGACUACAAGGACCCGGUCGCGUUCAUACGAAACAAUUCUAUCGCUUGCCUUCGAGCAAAGGCUCAAGAGCAUCAAGCUCGGCUGCUGAACAGCGGUCUUCUGCUGCAAGUGCGCUCGCUGGCCGGUCUGCAGAGUCACCCGGCGUUCGACACCUCCCUUGGCUCCCCGUACGACGGGGCGUGUUCGGUCGCGCCGCACCACCCAUUGCACACGCAGCAACAACGAACACCUCCCCCGCUGCCACAGCAGUCCGCAUCCACGCCGCUCGACGGAACGCUCUCGUCGGCCACCCUGCUCGAAAUCGACCGGCAACGGGCCGAAGCGAACAGCAGCAACGGGUCGGCCAUCUCCGUGAAGGGCGCCAGCAGCAGUCCCAACGUCAGCACCUUUUGA